AUGCCUUGCCAGAAGAAUGAAAAGCCCCCAGUCACCAACACUUCAGUCCCGUCAAGGGAUAUGAAUCCCCUUCCUGACUUCUGGCUGCCAGUCUUUUGGAAGAACCAAUUCCGUACCACCAUCGAACUACCCACGAAAGAGAAGUACCCACAGGUUCAGGGAAGUGUUGCAGUCAUCACUGGCUCAAACACCGGCCUGGGGUUUGAAGCCUCAAAACAACUACUCUCUCUAGGUCUCGGACACUUGAUUAUGGGUGUCAGGUCACUUGAGAAGGGUAGGGCAGCAGCGCAGAAACUCAAGGCUGUUGUGCCAAAGGCGAGAAUCGAUAUUUGGCGAUUGGACAUGCAGUCGUAUGACUCUGUACAAGAAUUUGCAAACAAGUGCGCGAAUGAGCUAUCUCGUAUAGAUUUUGUCAUUCUUAAUGCUGGACUUUCUCCAUCGGUCUUUGAAAUCGUGUCUGCUACCGGCCAUCAAGUCGGCAUGCAAGUCAACCACUUCAGCACAGCUCUUCUCACCCUUCUCCUCAUCCCCAUCCUCAAAACUAAAGCUGGAGACCAUGGACCACCUCGAAUUACCACUGUCAACUCCCUCACAGCACACUUAUGCAAGUUCCCCAACCGGGACGAAAGACCACUCCUAGCAUCCUUCGACGAUCCAGACAUCACGCCGUGGAGUUCCCAGGAGCGAUACGGCGUGUCAAAGCUGAUCAACCAACUCUUUCUCACAAAACUGUGCGAGAAAGUCAACCCUGAUGAUGUGAUCAUCAACAUGGUUGAUCCGGGACUUACAAAGGGUACUAACCUGGGAGGACACCACGAAACCACCGGAGUAGCGGGGAUGCUUGGCCGGUCGUUUUUUUCUAUUGCAGGAAGACCUGUCGAUAGAGGUGCUGCGAGCUAUGCUAAUGCUGUGUAUGGCCACGGGAAAGAGUCUCAUGGAUGUUUCCUGAUGAGCUGUGAGAUUGCACCACUGGCUGGUUGGUUUUAUACGCAAGGCGAAGCUUUGGUGGAACAGGUUUGGAAAGAGACGAUCGAGGAACUCAAGUUUGCGGGAGUGGAGGGUAUCGUCUCUGCCCUUUAA